AUGAACGACAGUAAAAACAGUUGUGAAAAUCAUGCAUCCACUUCGAAGUCUUCGGAAAGAACGUCAGACAGCCUUACUUCCCUCUAUACCAAUGAUAGUGUUUUAAAUCCACCAGGGUUACAAAACCUUGGUAAUACAUGCUAUAUAAAUGCGACACUCCAAUGCCUCCUUACAAUACAACCUCUUGUUGAGUGGCUUCUCAGCAAGCCUCAUCUUACAAAUCAAUUAUCAGUUUCCAAAUCCAAUGGCCCUCUCCUAACUCCUAUUUUGUCUGAUCUUGUGAUUGCUAUAUUUAGAAGAAACUGUAACACUGAACUAGAGAAUUUCAGAACUGUUAUUGGUGAACUCGUUCAAGACUUUAAAGAACCACGUGAACAGGAUGCUCAAGAAUUCCUCCUCUUUCUGCUCAAUCGACUUCACGAUGAGAAUUUGCUUUUUGGUGACCAUACAAAUCCCCAGACCUCUGAGAUCUUACAUAUUUUCGAGGGCAUCUUACGAACCCAGCUCAUAUGUUCGCAGUGCUCGUCGGAAAAGAGUAGCUCAAAGUCCGUCUUGCCCUUUCGAAAUAAAUAUUCAAAGAAUUAUAAGGGGAAUACUGAAGUCUUUCUUUCUCUUUCUCUCCCAAUUCCUGUCCAAGAAGAUCAGCUAAUAUCUGCCACCGACACGGUUGAUAGCAAUGCUUGCGAUUUGAAUUUUGUUUUUAAUGAAAUUGUCGAUAGUAAUUCGAAUGUAUGCUAUCGUCGUUUGCUUAAGCUACAUCCCAAUACUGAUAUGCAGAGCAUUUAUAAUCAGAUAUUCUCCUUGUCACAUAUUACUAUCAACCCUGUAUUUCAUUUUAAACGGCAAAAUAAAUCCAACACCUUAAACAGUCGUAAAAGUAUUAAAGAGAGUUCUUUUGAUGAGGAUACUUCAGCUAUGCAAGAUCCCUUCUUAAUUGUUCAAGUCAAAUCUACGGGUUUCGGAGAUUGGUUUCUGGAGAGCUCUGGACGUGCACUUGAUUUAGCCGAUGGAUUGAAUGUGGAAGAUGAUUUUCGUACAAAAUCCUCAGGUCAAUCACCGAAUGUGAAACAAAGUCUUCUCACCGGGGAUGCCCUAUUCAUUGUGCGAUUAAAUAGUAAAUUGAUUACGGGUGAAUCUCCGACGACAACUUAUGCGUCAGAUUCUGAAUUUCCUCCACUUCCCUCAGCAAAUAAUGGAACGAUUUCUUCUACUAGGAUUGAUGAACCUACCUCUUUCGCCAGUGCUGGACAACAUGGGGUAGAAUUGAAUACCUCCAAUGUAAGUUAUUGA